AGCGGCGGACCGCAGCCCGGACAGUAGAAAUAUAAUGGCUGGUUUUACCUGAGAGCCUCGCAGAGCCGCUUCUUUAACCGUAAUAAAUGUUGUAACCGAGCCAAACCCAUGCUGCGGAGUCAGUGACUGGACCGGACCCGCUCAGCCGCUGAUGGAGCACAUCCGACUACCGAAGGUGGAGAAUGUCCGGCUACUGGACAGAGUGUCCCCCAGAAGGAGCAGGGAGGGCACCCUCUACCUGACGGCCACCCACAGCAUCUUCGUGGAGAGCGAGACGGGAGGCCGCAAUGAAACAUGGGUUCUCCACAGUCUGGUGAGCAGCGUGGACAGACAGGCUGCCAGCACCUCGGGGUGUCCACUGCUGAUCCGCUGCAAGAACUUCCAGAUUCUUCACUUCAGCAUUCCUAGAGAGCAGGACUGCCAGGACGUCCACCUGUCCCUGCAGCGGCUCUCCCAGCCCGAGCGUUACGAGGAGCUGUACUGCUUCUCCUACAAGCCAAACGUCGACGAGGAGGAGAGGCGGCGGGAGUGGGCCUUCGUUGACCUCCAGGCCGACUUCGGCCGAAUGGGACUCCCAAACGGCCAGUGGAAACUCUCCCCGGUCAACCAACACUAUAAGGUGAGUGACUCUUACCCCGCCGAGCUGUUUGUACCCGACUCCGCCGCGGCCCCGGUGCUGGUGGGCAGCUCCAAGUUCAGAAGCAGAGGUCGAUUCCCCGCCCUGUCCUAUUACUCCAAAGAAAACCACGCCGCCAUCUGCCGCAGCAGCCAGCCCCUGUCGGGUUUCAGCGCUCGCUGCCUGGAGGACGAGCAGAUGCUGGAGGCCAUCUUGAGGUCCAAUCCCCGCAGCGACUUCAUGUAUGUGGUGGACACCAGGCCCAAGUUGAACGCGAUCGCGAACAGGGCCGCAGGAAAAGGCUACGAGAACGAAGACAACUACUCCAACAUAAAGUUCCAGUUCAUGGGGAUCGAGAACAUCCACGUCAUGAGGAACAGCCAGCAGAAAAUGCUGGAAGUGUGUGAGCUUCGGUCUCCCUCCAUGUCUGACUUCCUGGAGGGCUUGGAGAGCUCAGGCUGGCUGAAGCACAUCAAAGCUGUGCUGGAUACCGGCGUCUUCAUCGCCAAGGCCGUUGCAGAAGGCAUCAGUGUCCUGGUCCACUGUUCAGACGGGUGGGACCGCACCGCCCAGGUGUGUUCAGUGGCCUGUGUGCUGCUGGAUCCCUACUACAGGACCCUGAAAGGACUCAUGGUCCUCAUCGAAAAAGACUGGGUCUCAUUUGGACACAAGUUCACUCAAAGAUGCAGCCACUUGGCUGGAGAUCCCAAAGAGGCGUCUCCGAUCGUCGAUCAGUUCCUGGAGUGUGUGUGGCAUCUGAUGGAGCAGUUCCCCUGCGCCUUCGAAUACAACGAGAGUCUCCUGAUCGCGGUUCACAGCCACAUCUACUCCUGCCAGUUCGGGAACUUCAUCGGCAACAACCAGCGGGAGAGAAGAGCACUCCGUGUUCACGAAAAGACUCACUCUUUGUGGAGUUACCUUUGGACGAACCGCGCAGAGUUCAUCAACCCCCUGUACAGACAGAACCACAGCCAGUCUCAAGGACUCCUCCGACCGUCUACCGCCCCCUACUGCUUCAAAUUUUGGAGGGGACUGUACAACCGGUUUGACCGCGGGAUGCACCCCCGGCAGUCGGUGGAGGAUUAUUUGAGGGUCAUCCGAGAGGAGACGCAGCAGCUGGAGGAGCAGCUGGAUUCCCACAAGCAGAAAAUAGCCGAGCUGGAGCAGGAACAGGAGUGGAGUGAUGCCCAGGAAGCUGCCCCGUUUGACCAGAGCUCAACAGUGCGGGCUCUCGGGAAGAACCUCGCUCUGGCCAACACUCCUCAGGACUACACCGGCGGCCUCCUCGCCAGCACUCCCAGCGCGGCGGACGGCGCGCUGAUCCUCGCGCCGCAGGACCCCGACCGGACGGCGGACCCCGGCCUCUCCAACGGCAGCGACCCGGAGUCCGGGAUUGCAGACGUGAGCUGCCGCUCCCCGCUCAGCGAGGACAGUGCCAAGGAUCCGGACUCGGACGAGGCGGCCAAUUCGGCCACCUGAGCGAAAAUGUAGCAGGCGCCCCGGGGUUUGAGAACAUCAGUCCGACAAAUGGCCUCGCGUCCAACUUUCGUUUUUAGUUUACAGUGAUUGUGGAACUCCUGCAAUCCCGAAGCUGCAGUCGACUCCCGUUUAUCGUAGUCUGCAGAGAAGGGAAAUAUUUUUAAGCUGUCUAAUCUGAUCUUCCACGAAGGUGUAAUAAUUAAGAUCGACUUAAAGAGACCAAAGGAAGCCAUAUAAACGUUGAUGUAGAAUGCCGUCAUCCAGAAGGUUUUAGCUAUAAAGUCUUUACGCCCCUUUCACCUUUUUCCCUUUUGUCAUAUUACAACUGCAAACUUCAAUCGAGGUUUCAUUUAAUAAACCAAAUAAAUCUUUUGUUUCUUUUGUUUUGUUUUUGUCUUCAGAUUGAAAUAUUUGGCUGAACUUUGUUCUGAAAAGUAGUUCAAGCGUAGUCAGGUUGGACGAACAGCAUCUGUGAAUGAAAACGUCCCAAAAAACAGUCUUCCCGCAAAUACUAGAAUUAUGUCUGGGCUUUGACUAGGCCAUUCGAUCUCACAAAUAUCCUUUUACUUUAUGUUCAGGGUUUUUUGUCCUGCUGGAAGUUAAAACCUCCACUGCAAGUUUUAGCCUUAUCCAUCUUCCCAUCAGCUUUUCUUGCCCACCGCGUGACACUACGACUACCGCUACGUUUCGCUCUGUAUUCAUUUUCAAUGCGGGAACCUGGCAGAAUCUGAAUAAACUCCAGAUGAACGACGCGUUUGCAGGGAUUUGUUCCCACGCAAAAUCAGAAACGCAGUCGGACGAGGGGAGACUCGAGCUGAACCUGAAUCGGCAACACCGUUUUGCGUUGAUGCUGUGAAACGUCCAUUGUUGUUUGUGUGGCACAUUGUUCUCAUUAAUGUUGUUCUACAUCUGAGGCUUCUAGCUUGACCUGGAGAGCAAUAGUCGUCUUGUUGUAUAUUUAUUAUUUAAUGAAAGUCAGAGACAUUGCAGGACCGUGGCAGCUGAGUGGAGGAAGAGAUGGGAGCAUGUGAACACAAAUGUAUUGCUUCCUUCAGAUUAAUAAUUCACCUUGCAAAGUAUUUUUUCUACUAUAGACACUAUUAAACCCUUUGUUUUAAAUCUGCUGUAUUUCUAAGUGUGGAUCAUAUAUUACUGUGCAAUUAUACAUGCCAAUGAACCAAGAGAUGUUAAACCAAUGCAUGGCAGCAUAUUUUUGUACUGUGACCAAAUUAUUUUUGUUGGAUUUUUAUGUUAGAUGCCUGUUGCUGUUUUUUGUUUGUUUUUUUGUCAGUGGAACAAAAAUAUCAGUCGAAUUAAAUGGUGCGUUUAUUUAUAUAUAUGUAAAAAAAGAAAGCUUCUCAGAUUUUCACCAGUGGUUUUAUUUGUUCAGGUAAGCAAAGAGCAACGUCAACUGCUCUAAAUGUAAUGGUAUGGAAACAUGGUGUGAAAUAAAAAUAACAUUAUACGUA